AUGUUCUUUCUAUCCAGUUGGAGAUCGUCCGCUAGUAAACGGGCAGCGAUCUCGGCGUUGUAUGCCAGCGCCGCUGCUGUCCGUGCUGUAUCACCUGCCAAUGAUACACUGCUUGACCCAGUCUUUACUCGCAUUCCGACUGGGACAGUCAAGCCAUUCGGCUGGGCGUACAAUAUGGCGCUGGUCCAAGCUCAUGGGCUUGCCAGUCAACAGCCUCUAUGGUUUGAUUACGUGUCAAACUCGGUCUGGCGUGGUGGCACAAUCGAGUACAGUGAGAUGCAGGAAGCUGCACCGUACUGGUUCAACGGUUGGGUCGCACUCGCUCACCAAUUGGGGAAUAGUACUUUGCUUGGAUAUACGAAGACCUUCCUGGAUUACGUCUACGCCUCACAGGAGUCUUCAGGAUAUUUUGGUCCAUAUCCUUUUAAUUCAUCACUUCCGACUCUUCUGUGGCCACGCUACAUGACUAUGCUCGGCCUGAUUCAAUAUGCUGAAGCAGAUGCGACUGAAUACUCCAAUAUUACGGAUCUCCUACACAACUUCGCUCAAUAUGCAACACAGAAGUUUGCUAGCGGAGAUCUCGGCGAUCCAUCUCUUGGGCAACAAUAUGAAUAUCAACAAGUCAGAUGGGAAGAGCUGGUUCUAGUCAUGCAAUGGUUGUACGAUAACGAUCCAAGGGGACAGCAGGAGCAGCUAAUUAGUCUCAUGAAUGCUGCCCGGGCUCAAGGGUUCUCUUGGAAGAACGAUUUCUUUGUUGAUAACGGAACCUUUCCAAGAGUGGCUGUCCCUACUGACGAAGCCAGUAUGUACAACCAUGGCGUGAAUAUUGGAGAGGCGUUGAAAUCAGAGGCACUCACUUGGCGCAUGACUGGAGACCAGAGCGACAUUGACAGCACCUUUAAUCGCAUCAACAUGACUUGGCAGUAUCAUGGACGUCCGCAGGGAAUAUUCAACACGGAUGAACACUUGGCAGGUUUACACCCAUCCAGGGGGUCUGAAUAUUGCGUGAGCGUCGAGACCAUGUUCUCUCUGGAGACGAUAUAUGCGACGCUUGGGGCCCCUGAAUGGGCGGAUCUCCUUGAAAGGAUCGCCUACAAUUCGCUGCCUGCACAGAGCACUCCGGACUGGUGGUCACAUCAAUACCUGCAGCAGACAAACCAGAUCUGGGUUCAUAAUCACACCGAUGGUGUUGUAUGGACAGACGGUUUAUACAGUAAUGUAAUGGGGAUGGAGCCUAAUUAUCCAUGCUGCACCGUCAAUCACCCCCAAGGUUGGCCGAAAUUCUGGAGCAAUAGCUUUCUCUAUGCGGACAACUUAACGGCACUUGUUCAUGCCGCACUUGGACCUGCUACGCUACAGACCCAACUGGCGAAUGGUGCUGACACUGAAGUCACCGUCGAUACCCUGUAUCCCUUUGGCUCAACGCUAUCGUAUACAAUUACCUCGUCCAGAGCAUAUACGUUCUAUAUUCGGAUUCCACAGUGGGCGCAGUCACGCAGCACUAUUACUGUCAAUGGCGCGAAAGCGACUACGCUGUCACCCGACUUUACCACCGCCCUUCAAAGUGUACAAGUAAGGGCUGGGAAGACAACCAUUGUUCUGUAUCUUGACAUGCAGAUCGAGAUUGAGCCCAGAUCGAACGGAAGUAUUGCUAUAUACCGUGGUCCCUUAUUAUAUGCGGUGGAUUUGUCGUAUAAUGACACGACAACACCUGCAGCGCUCAGGUCACCGGGCCCGUUGGAAUUUAUUGAAACUUUGCCCAACGUCCCUGCAUCCGAUUUGCUCACCUACGACAAUCACACUCAUGAUCACUUCUGGAUGGCGACUACACCAUGGAAUAUUGCAAUUGACCCGUCGACUCUGGCUUUCUACGAGGAUAUGGUGGACGAGCUCCCGUACUAUGUCUGGGAGACGGGCGCACAGCCGCAGUCCAUGACGGCGGUGGCAUGCGAGAUCGACUGGCCGACACUAUUAGGAGAUGCCGACUGGCCGCCGCAAAGCCCGAAUACGUGCUUGGGUGGCACGUUUAAUGUUACUUUGAGACCGUUCGGUGGAACGAGACUGAGGAUUGGUCAGUUGCCUACUAUGUCGAUUGUAACACCAAUAGCUUCAUCAUACGAUAGUGACGACGCAUCCUCAGGCCGCCAAAUGCGCAGGAUCGUUGUGUCGCCUACGCCCACUUCCGGAUAUUCGGAUAGUUACGCGUAUUCCGACGAAAAUUCCCUCCAGGAUGCGGCCGAAGUCGAAGCCGAGCUCACUCUGGACAGCGUAGAAGACCAGAUCGCCGAGACGGAAGAUUUUCUUUCGGAGAUGUCUCGUGGGUCCUCGUCUGGAGGGGGAUCAACAUAUUCUUCAUACACAGGUCCUUCUACGUACACAUCUCGUACGGGCCCAUCAACCUUUACGUCAUAUACUGGAACUGGUUCUGCUUCCGGUUCCACUCUGUCAAAUUCUUAUACUUCAGGCGAUUAUCAUUCGGGGACCACGUUAAUGGUUCAGAGGCUCAGUACUAUCUCAGAGCAUACUGAGAAUGCUCCUUCGCGGCCAACCUCGUAUGCACUGUCAGGAGACGUAAAUCGACACUCGGUACAUACGGAAGUUGGAGCAUUGCCUAUCCACCAUGCGAGGUCGUCCACAGAGCCCACUGGGAGGGCACAAACUCCGGGGCGGACGCUACCUCCGGUACCAGGGAAAAAGGUUGGUGAGCUGGUGGCAUCCUUUGAAGACAGGUCCACCUCCGUUGGUAGUCCCGCACAUAUGCUCGGGCACACCAGGACAUCCUCGGCGCCGUUAGGACCGAGGUCACCUAGUCCUUACACCUCUACGCAGAGUCGCUCCAUGCCGACUUUGAGUAGUGCAGGGUAUGGAUAUGGGAGUACCACUGGGUACGGAACUACAACAGGAUACGGCUCUCGAUCAUCGUCUCCUACAAAGAGCAGAACAGGAUCUAGUGUUUCGUAUUCCGGCCUUAACACUACAAUGUCAUCCAUGUUGUCACCACCGCCUCAAACAACCGCAUCUUUAUCCGGUGCUUCACGAUUCACAUCCAGUACUGCAAUAACCACUAUGACUCCUGGAGGCACAGACACAUACACAGGCUCGGGCUCAAUGUCACAGACAAGCUCGGACGCGUACACACGCACGCUUACUGCGACGAGUUUGAAUAGCUUCACGGGCACACCGACGUCGUCUUCCCUAACACCGAGACAGCGUGGUUCCCCUGGCGACUUCAGCUCCGUCAGCAGGGUUCAAGAAGUCUUGAAGAGAUGGACUGACAAUAAACCGUCUAUGGCGAAGUUCAGUAAAUUUGGAACAUCUCCGUCGCCGACCCGCAAUGAGAAUUUCCUCAACGUGCGGCGCCGGACUAGCAGAGGUAGUGCGAGAAUGAAGGAGAGAACUCUUCCGUUAUCUGGUCGUGCUAGCAGAAGAGUAAGUGAUCCAGCAAUGUCUGAUGUCGGAAGCACCAUGAGCGACAGUAUGAGCACAAGCGGAUUGCUUCCCCCGCCCUUCGACAUCAAUGAAUUGGGACAAUAUACGGGCGCCAAAGAAGCACAAGAGCCGCUGCGCAUAGGUUUGUUGUGGUAUUUGAAUGUUCAUGCUCCCCCGCCAUAUAAAUGGCAGAGAUGUCAGGCCCUACUUUAUCCCCACAUGCUGCUCCUAUCGUGGAUAGCAGCAAGCGGAGGACGCGGUGUCGUAACUCUGGAUCUGCUCAAUUGCACCGAAGUCCGCUCGGCGCCGUCCCCAACACAUCCUGCCGCCCACGAUGACGUCGGUACCGUUGCAGCGAUCGUCCAGAGUCAAGAUCCAAGCAAUUUGGUCCGGGGAAACCAGCCAGAAGCAAACCUGAUGGAGACCUUGUGCCCAUUCCAUUUACUUUACGGUGACGGCAUAGAACGCCUCGCCUGCGAUAGUCCCCGAGAAAGGGUAAGAUGGGUCAGUGCAAUAUGGCAAGUUGAUUCAUCUUCAUCACGGCUUUUCAUGAUCUUAUGGAUCUUCUCCAGGGACGUCUUACAGCGAGCAGAUACUAUUCCUGACCGUUCUGCCACUGGAUCGCCUACGGGCUCAGUUAGGACGGUACGCUCAUUCGCAAGCAGUGGAUCCACAGAGUCUAGCUCGGGCUCUGGAUCGGCGUCAACACGUUAUGUCCCGUUCAUUGAAAACCUGCCGGACAUAUCUGACCUAAACUCCCUCUCUGGCUCAAGUGCCCGUACCGGCCUAUCGUACCGACCGUCACUCGCAUCUGCUCACCGAUCAAGAGCCACAGACGACUCAGCAGUAUCCAAUCAGGCGUAUAUGUACCCCGGCGAUCCUCGCGUUAUCGCCCCGAGCAGGAGCAGUUCUUUGCGGCGUACAAGCUCUUUGACUGACCUGGAUGAGGAGUUCGCAUCUGCCGUAAGACGAGCGCGCGAUUCACGUCCUGGGUUAGGUUUCGGCUUGGGACUUGCGGGAGGAAUACCCGUUGGUGAUGGAUCCCCUGUCACUGUGUCCAGCGGUCCUAGACUAGGUCGUGACGUCUAUAUGUCUCCCCCUCCAAGCGUGGGGCGAGACGACAAGUCUCGAAGUCGGGCCUCGGACAGUGUGACGUCUGCGUCCGAUGACGCAUUCUUUACAGCGGGAGCAGGCUCCAACGGAUCGAGGGCUCAUACCUCUAGUUUCUAUUCCUCGUCAUCUUUCACGCGUGGAUUGACAACAACGGACACUAGGACGACAACUGGUUUAGUAACAGAUGAGACCCUCCUGGAUAUUGUAUCUGGUUCUGGCACCAAUAUCGUCGCGUCCACUCUCUCUUACAGGGGAACGGCAUCUGCGUCGUUGCUGGGGGAUUCGCAUAGUGGAUCGAGUGGAUUGUACUCGUCCACAUCGCCGUCACGCAGUGGGUUAUCAAGGUCAGGUGGAGUUCGUAGGCGACCUGCACGAAGUGCCUCACGAUCGUACCCGUCGUCAUACAUCAGCAGUGCGGAGGAAAGCUCUGACAAGGAGAAUUCGGCGAGUUACGGCUACACUCCAACCCAAAGUCGCUCAAUCACGGACGGCUUCAGCACCUUGGAAAGCUACACUCUGACUGGGACAUACACUCCCACGCCUUCUUCUGGUUCACACACCCGUUCGACAGGAGAGGCUUCCAGCGAUUUGCCAGAAUCCACUACCAGUGUCGAAAGCGCCGAAUAUGUGACAGCAAAAUCCCCUUCGGAGCUCUCCUUCGUCUCGCUCCCGACAAUUCCUUCGUUAUCAAGUUACGAGACCGCAGAAGUGUGUUCUGAUUACCGGACAGCACCAAAAUGUCCUUCUGAGACGUAUUCCGAUUUUGAAACUGUGGACGUCUGUCCUACAGAACCGCCACUCAGCGAAUACAUCACCGCGGAGGUCUGUCCAACGGAGGUUUCCACCGAGUAUGACACGGCCCAAUGUCGAUGCCUUAAGCCCGAGCAAGAGCUGGAAGAUAAUGUCAGUAUCGAAGCGCCAUCUACAAUCCCAACCAUCCCCUCGUCUCCUCCUGGUAGUAUCGUCGAAGAGUUACAUGAGCCGCGCCCAGAGGACGUCCCAUUACCGCCCUCUAUUUACACCCCUUCUGUUGUAUCGAGAGCGCUUACAGAAGUAUCUGAGGUUACAUCCGAGGUGUCCACAGAGGAGCCCGAGAUCUUACCUAGAGAGCCAUCGGAAGAGUCUGAGAUUCUAUCUAGAGAGCCUACAGAGGAACCUGACGUUCAUCCUAGAGAGAGCACAGAAGAGUCGGAUAUUCUAUCUAGGGAGCUCACAGAAGAGUCCGGAUCAUUUGUAGGUGAUGUUGUUCUUUCGCCGCCGCCGACAGAACCUUCUGAAGAGGUGAUCUCCUCUGAGUCAAUUUUGGGCCCGUCGCCCAUUCCUCCUUCGGAAUCUUUUCAGUCGUCUUUGCCUUCCGUGUCAACAGUUUCGACUCCCACCGAAUCUUCUGUGUCUCCCUCACCUUCUAGUCUUCUGACACCAACAGUGCCGUCAACCUUCGAUCAGCCGCCUACACCUUCGAGUCCUGCAGUACCCGAAUCGCUAUGGGGAGCCGAAUCUGAUGCAUCAUACGACUCUUCUCUGCUCAGAGCAUCACCUUCGGUUCAGUCUCUAGCACUUCCUGAGGGUCCUGACACGUCGUUCGAGACAUCUUUCCUAAGACCAAGUGGUUCUGUUUACUCAUCGCAAGAUAUGACGCUCCUCACUCCGAUCACAGAGAUCAGUACUGAAUCAUCGGUCACAGUCCCUUCAUCGCCCUCGUUGUCGCUUACGCCGACGCCAUCGACAGUCACUUUACCAUCGUCGUCUUCUCCGUCCUUGUCUGUUACUCCGACGCCGUCGACUCUCUCUCUUCCUCCAAGUGUGCCUUCUCCUUCACCAAUAUCCACGGAACUCCCUGCUACCGCCGUGACAUUGUCGCGCACGCCAUCAUCUGUAUCCACUGUUUCGUCGGCUUCCAUGAAUUCUUCCAUUUUUGAUGCUAGAUCACUGAUGGAUUUCCCUGCGUCAGAAUACGAGCCCUCGUUAAUGCCAUCGCUGCUGUCAACGGCAUCUUCUCCGCCACCCGAACCUGUGUCUCCUCCUUCCGUUCCUCUGCCACCUUCCCCCUCUGCAUCUGCAGCACCCUCAGUGUCGCUGAGUGUCAGCAUUAGCACCCCCCAUGGUGAUGCACCUUCUGUCGCGUCUAACAUCGAGACCAUUGCGUCGGAUGCACCCAGCCACAUUCUUACCCACGACAUUAAUCGACUUCUCCAUUACUUGUACGAAGUGAAUGAACAGAGGGGAUCUGAGAACAGAGAGUUGUCUCAGAGUAUUGAGGAUGUCAGACGUCUUCUGGAUCAGUUGCUGGCACAAUCUGUGCCCCGGGAGGAACAUCUCCGUGUCCCCGAGCUUCCACCUCCGGUACCUCGGAAAGACAGAUCUGUUGGGGGAAGUAGCGUCAUCUCUUCUGUGCGUUCAGUUCUGAUAGGACCCCGUGAAAGUCGUGGUGUCUCUCCUAUGUCUGUAUAUUCGCCCGCCACUACACCUGUGCCUGCCUCUUCGCCUGCGCCUACGCCUGUGCCUGCACCCAUAUUCGCACCUAUCCCUACGGCUGUACCCCUUCCUGCACGUGUUCUGAUGCCCACACCUUCACCUGCACCUGCACAACCUAGAUUGGUCCCGAUGCCUAUGCCCAUGCCUAUACCUAUGCCUAUGCCUAUAUCGCUCUCGCCCCCUCCCGAAAGAUUGGCGUCCCCCGAUUCCUCUGUUGCUGAAUCGCUAUCGUUCCUUUCCUCGCAUCAUUCCGACGAUCUCAGUUUGUUCGAGUCGGAGGAAUAUCCUGUGCUUCCGUCAUCGCCCUCUUGGCCGUCUUCGUCUUCCUCGUCUUACGAGUCAUCUAUUGUAUCAUCUCCGUCUUCCCUGAGAUCUCGUACACCAACGCCCAGUGACAUUUCUGUGGGUACGGAUGUGAAUCUGGAGGUGGGCCCGGCACCACUGCCCGUUUCUCCAGCGCGCUCCGUCUCUCCCCCGCGCUCCAUCUCUCCGGCUCCUUCUGCGUCGUCGAGCUACACUGCCCGGCCGGUACCUCCGGUCGAUCUGACCCCGCUUCGUGAAGCAUUGGCACACGUGCGGGAUGAGGUCACCGCAGUCCGGGAGGAACAACUCGCUUCCAACCAGAUUCUCCAUCAAUUACUGGAAAGACCGGCUGGUCCAGACAUCGCUGAAUGCUGUCGACGAAUUGAAGAGACCAUUCAGCGAAUUCUGGACCAAGUACAGCGUUCCCAGCGCCCCGCACGCGAUGAUGGGUCGGAGUCGCUGUAUCCAUCCGGGUCUGAUACAUCGCUCUGGGAAACUCUGAGGGAUGGAAUAGAUAGGAUAAGGCGCGAUUUCCCUCCAAUUCAGAUGCCUGUACCUGUCCGUGUGGGCCCGUCCUUGGAUGAGACGUUGGCGGGAAUAUUAGCAGAGGGAUCAACGCCGGCGCCACCACAAGUUCAACCACCUCCUCCCAUCAUCCCAUUAACAUAUCGUCCUGGCCCUCGAAUCGCGCGUCCGCGAAGCGCAAGCCCCGUUUACGAAGCUGAUUUGCCUGCCCGUCCACGUACUUUCCCGGUCACUCGGCCUGUGAUCUUCGACAGAUCUGAUCCACGACCCAUACCAAGACGUAGACCAUCGAGAGUCUUCGCUCAUCCUCCGUCCGAAAGCGAACCGCCGUAUGCGCCUCAAGAUGUGCCUCCACGGCAUGGUCCUCCGCGCCCAGCCAGUGAGCCUGAUAUCGAUUUUCUGCAGCACGUAUUGGAUAACCGUCGAGGGCGUCGUCCAGAUACCGAUGGUUAUUUCAACGGUAGAGAUCCUAUCAUGCAGAGGCCGCCUACAGCGCCACCGGCUGUGACUACUCCGCAUCCAACUGCACGACCUGGUGCUCCCCCUGUAAUACCACCCGGUGUCGCUCCACAAUUUCCUGCGCCUCCUGCUGGAAAUUUUGUUCCUAUGCCAUCUGCACCACCGACUAUCCUUCAGCUACCGUUCGACGAUAUCCUAACGCUUUUGAGGGACAAUCGGUCCGCACAGCUUGCGUCGAUCGAGAACAAUCGAGAGAUGAUGAGAUACCUGAGGGAGCUCAAUGACUGGCUAGGCCGAGAUGUUCGCGACCGCCACCAUGAGACACGAGGAAUCAACGCCAGGAUAGACCACAUUACAGAUCUUUUGAAUGAGCUACUGGUUGGCAGGCAAGGACAAGCCGGACCAGGACCCCAAGUCAUGAUGCCCCAACCCCCUAGUGUCAUUCCAACGCCAGGGCCACACAUGGAACAAGAACAGGGAGGCCUGCCCCCCGGCUUUGUACCACAGCCUACCGUAUUAGUACCGCCUCCACCUCAGGUUUAUACAGGACCAGUCAUUCCUCCUGACUACAGUGACGGGGAUAUGACACCUUCUCCUCAGUAUCCUCCAGUGAUUCCAGGCACACCUCUCCGAGACUUCUAUACGCCCGACAUAGCAGUUAUACCCAAUAUACAACCCCCAAUCAUACACCAACAACCGGACUAUAGACCGCCCCCUCCCCCCGGUCCAAUCUAUGAGGGCGAAGAGCCACCUGUGAUUCCUGCACCAUUUUCACCUUCCGAUGAUUAUGGUGAUGAUAGUACUGGUAGCAGUGGUAGCGAUGUCGAAGUUCUACACGUCAUUCCACCUCCUGGGGUUAUUCCGCAAGUUAUACAUCAUGAGCAGCAAGCUAGCGGCCCCAUCACUGUUUUGCCCCCCACGGAGAGACCUGCUGUGUUCCCUGAUCCUACAACUCGAUCGCCAACGCUCACCUAUGUCGAGGGCCGGCCCUUUGAACCGGAAGGACCUGACCACUCUCCUCCGCCAAUACACAUACGUGUCCCUACGGGGCCUCGCGUUGGAUCUCCUCGACAUCCUGAUGCGCCUUCUGCUCAGCCUCUAACGGUGGUGCCUGAUGAACAAGUGCCUCCAUCUGCGGCUGUGGCACCUACAACUAUAGUUAUUCAGCCAUCUGGAGCUGUCGCGCCUCCGAUGACUGUCCUCCCUGGUGGACCGCCAGUUCCCCCAGGUGGUAUACCGCCACUACCCGAAGUAAUCCAUGUGGACGCAGGCUCGCCGCGAUUUUCUAGGGAUGAGUUCAUGGAGACCCCUCAUGGAGAGCCGACAAGAGUCUUGAUUCGUUCACCUUCACAAGGGAGUCAUGGAAUGCACCAGUCUGAGCAGAGCUCGAGGACGCCCCCACCCAUCAUUAUCCAGCCAUCACAAGUUCCUGUUCCAGGGGUGUCUAUUCCUGGAGUUGCUGUCCCUCAUCCCCCGAUAAUUGUCGAGGCAAGGUCGCCACGGCCUGUGACUCCUAUCCUUGUACGGACAGAGUCACAGUCCGGAAGGCGCAGUCCUAGCUAUGGGGGUUAUGAGGAUAGUCCGAACUACGAUGUACCUAGAUCCCCCAUGCGGAGUCCUUCGCGGACUACGGUGUCGUACCGGCCUGAAGGAGGACCCAGUGGGGCCACGGUGCUCCGUGUGCCCGCGCCGAUGUCCCGCUCGCAACCCUCUCGUAUAUCGACUGAUCCGCUCAUCAUCCGCCUUCCGUCGUCGCGCGACCCGUACGAUCGAGAGCGCGAUCGGCCCUCCCGACCCUCCCGAUCGCUUCAUCCUUCCGGUCGCAGCGAUCCGCACGACUACGGCCGCUCUGAGCGACCCCGCCGCCGACCAGAUUCCCCGCUCGACGAUUACGGCGACCCUACCAUGCGCAUCGCGGAGCCCGUCCCCCGACGUGCCCACCACGCCUCCCGUCCGUCCAUCCGCACCGCUUCGCCCUUCGACGACUAUGACCGUGGGGAGGAGGCCCACCGUCCGCCUAGUGCGGGGCGUUCCGUCCGUCGCCCGUCCAUGUCAGUACCUCGCUCUCCUUCGCCCUCGAACGAGCCUGGAGAGCCCGAGUCUCCCGUGCUUCGAGUCCCCCUCCACCCUCAAACAUCUCCUGUUGUCAUCCGUACAGGCAGUCAGCGAACUCGCCUACCGCAUGCGCAUCCUGCUGGGCCGCCGACCAUUCUCGAGAUAGAGCAGCCCUCAUCGCCGCGUGAUCCCGGUUCUCCUCAAGUAGUUCAAAUCCCCACACGCCGCGACACCAGGCGCAGCGAUGUAACGCAUCGCCCACAUAUGGAGUCCGAAGAACGCAGCGCCCCUGACGACGAAGAGCGCAUCCCUUUGUCGAGGACGCCCAGUGAUGUUUCACCGUUCCAUGAAGCGAACAUACGGACGCCGGGCGUAUCCCGAGUCCCUACACGUGGAACAGCAACCGGGCGAGCAGCAACUCCCCCGAGUGAAUAUGCUGAGUCCGUCUUGCCCACGGUCACUCGUCCAGCCUCCGUUACCCCCGCAUCGCUCCCAAGAUCCACAGAUCACCCCCAUCGGCCCGAGGAGGAACUUGGUAGUCCGUCUGAAAUGGGAGAACAUGACUAUGAUGAUGCACAAUCGAUAGAUCCAGAGAGAGAGGAACGGCAUGCGACCCUGCGCGGCGAAGGAGUUCCACCAAGGAUGGUUCGCGAGCCCGGAAUAUCCAUUGCUGCCUCGCCGCCUCCCUCGGAUGCUCUCGUUCGUCCACACUCUGGACCGGGAGAUCUCGGCUUCGAGGACGCCGAGCGGGAACGGCACGAACGUUUCAUGCAACUGGAACGUCAGCUCACCGGUACACUCGCCAACGUUCAAGAGGCUGAAGAAAGACGGGAUCAGAAUUUCAGGGCAAACGAGGACGAGCGGGAACGGCUGUUCCUCGAACAUGAGGAUCGUCGUGCUGACGAAGCGCGGCAGCGCCAAGACGAAAUGUUAAGGGACCUGGAAGACCGUAUUGAAGAUCGUCUCGCUGCCAUAGAGGUGCCGAUACCGGUGCCGCCUCCCGUAGGAUACACCGAAGAGCCCACACCGCCAAUAGCUGACGUUGGUGUUACGGAGCAAUCACCCAUGGAUGAGCCCGCUUCGCCUGGUCCUGCGGUAGACACACAGUCUAUGAUUGAGUCGAUCGUUACCGUGGCUCAGGACGCAGCAUCGCGCCACGCUCAGGAAAUUCUCGAUACAGUACGUCUAGAGCGUGAGGAGCUGGCACGAGAGCGCGAAGUGGGACAGGCUGAACGAGAACGGGUACAGGCUGAAGCCGAGGCUGCUAGAGCUCGGCUAGAUGAGGAGCGUGAGGCGCGGAUCCGUGCUUUGGAAGAGGAACUGGCGACUGUGCGCGCAGAGUUAGAAAACGAGCGACAGCUACGCCUGUCAGAAGAGUCGGAACGACGCGAGCGCGAGCGGAUGGAGGCAAUCGAGCGCGACGAGUCUCUGCGGAACCAGCUCAGCGACCUAUCGAAUAUGAUGGCCGAGCAGCGCGAGGACUUCAUACUCAAACGUGAGGAAGCGAACCAACGGUGGAAUACAAAGGAGGAAUGGAUGAGCCAAACAAAUGGUCAACUCGGCCAGUUACAGGAACUCAUGCAGCAGUUCAUGGCUGACCGGGCUGAUGACAUAGUCAGGCUAGAAGAGGAGAAAGCUGCGCAUGCCAAUGACCCGACAAAUCAGCAUCUACUUGACGAGCUGACGCAGUUCAGAGCAGACCAAGAUCGGCAAUUACGGGAAUGCGUGGAAAGUAUGCGAGCCCAAUGCAUUGAGCAGCAUGAGAGAACCAUGGAGGCUGUUAGAGCUACCGCGCAAGAGCAGGUCCCAUUCAAUAUUCAAGGCUAUCUUGACGAGUUCAGUAAGUCCUUGGCAGAGGAGGUACGGAUGUUGCUGGGAGAAGUGGGCCGAUUGAGGGAAGAGAGACGAGCCAUCCAAUACGAGCUCGGUUGCCUUUUAACCAUGAAGUCAAAGGUUGGUCCUGGAGGUGUCUUCGAUCCGGAAUGGAGGCCACCGACUGGCGCUUGCGCUGGGGAUCCUGGUGCCGCUGCGCCUCCCCCGCCUGUCCCCGAAGCCCCCCCGAUGGCACCAGAAGAACCGGUCCUCGCACGUCCAGGGUGGCGUAGCGUUGUGCACCGAGGGACGCGUCGGUCACGGCGUAGUGCUGCGGCUGCGGCCCCACCGCCUGAGCCUCCCGUUGAAGUUAGACCGCCUGUGCAGUCUUGGGCGACCUGGCAACCGAAUCCGGCUUUUGCGCCAACCCCUGCUCCUGUGGAGGCCACACUGCUUGUUCCUCCACAACCCAGCCCUGGGCUGUUCGGACCUCGCUCGCCCCGUGACUCUAUUAUCCGCUGA